AUGGGUGUUUUCCAAAAAUACCUGUCUGACUUCCAAAAGUCUGCAGACCAGCAACUUCUGAAAAAUGUUCUGGGCCAGAUUGUUCAAUGGCUUAAUCCUUUGUUACACAAGUCGAUCACUUUAAACACAGCGCAGUGGCCUAUUGACCCAUUUGGCCCUAUGACAGUUGACUGCUAUUUAAAACCUUCAACUGCUACAGCUCCCAGCAGGUGGGCGACCAGAGGAGCUGCUCGUAGUGAUGGGUCCAAAAUCCCAAGGGGGGAUGCUUGGGAAUCUCCUUCCCUCCGCUGCAAGCUUGGUACCGUGGGGCGCGAAACUGCCGGGGUCACCCGGGAGGGAUCGGGGUGUCCGGUAAGGGAGGUGCAAGGCUCUCUGAGGCGGGUCUUGGGCAGGUGGAGGCGGGCCGAGCUUCGGCUUUUGACAGCUUCACAGCGAGCAGAGAGAGCGGGGAGGACCUGGCGGCUGCUGCGGAGGAUGCGAAGUUUGUGCUGGCUGCUGCUCCCGCUGGUUGUGGGAAUCCAUCCAGAAUGCAAGAUAUUCCAGCAAGUGGUCAAAGAGGAGGCUCUCUGCUUAGAAAAGAAUGACUCUCUUUCACCUGACCUUAAAGGAUGUGCCAGAGAUUGGGAUGGUCUAACCUGCUGGCCCACAGCCACAUUUGGGGAAGUGGUUAAAGUUCCCUGUCCAAGAUUUUUUGAAGAAAUCACCAAUAUCCAUGGUUUCCUUCAGAGAAAUUGUACGCAGGAGGCAUAUUGGUCAGAACCGUUCCCACCAUACACCAUUGCCUGUGGAUUUGAUGAAGGUUCCAGUAAAGGGCCUGAGGACCAGAAAUCAUAUUAUUCUGCAUUUUGGCGUGUCUACACUGCUGGCUAUGCAGCAUCAGUGACUUCACUCAUUACAGCUCUAAUUGUCUUUGCUGCCUUCAGAAAAUUCCACUGUACACGGAAUUACAUCCAUAUGCACCUGUUUGUCUCCUUUAUCCUGAGAGCAAUUGCUGUUUUCACCAAAGAUGCCGUUUUGUUUGCAGAUGAAACUAUGGACCACUGCCUAAUGUCAACGGUUGCUUGCAAGGCUGCUGUGGCAUUCUUCCAGUUCAGUGUUUUAGCCAAUUUCUUCUGGCUUCUUAUAGAAGGGAUUUACCUGCAAACAUUGCUUUUGUUAACCUUUGUUUCAGACAAGCAGUAUGUAUGGUGGUUCAUAUUUACUGGCUGGGGGGCUCCCACUGGUGUGAUGUUUGCUUGGAUCCUCACACGAAUAAACCAACAAAAUACCGGAUGUUGGGAUGACGAUGAAAAUGGAGUAGUGCUAUGGAUCAUCAAAGGUCCCAUUCUGUUAACUGUAUUAAUUAACUUUAUUAUAUUUAUUAAUGUGAUCAGAAUUCUAGUCCACAAAUUGAAAUCUCAAGAGGGAGGAGGGAGCCAUUCAAGCCACUUUGUGAGACUUGCUAAAUCCACGUUACUGUUAAUCCCUCUCUUUGGAGUGCACUACAUUGUAUUUGCAUUUUUCCCAGAAAGCACUGGCCUGGAAGCUCGCCUUUAUGUUGAGCUAGGCUUGGGUUCUUUUCAGGGUUUUGUUGUCGCUCUUUUAUAUUGCUUCUCAAAUGCAGAGGUUCAAAGUGAACUGAAGAAACAAUUAUGCAAAUGGCAGUAUCAAGAAUACCUGAACUUCACACACAAACACAAGACUUUUUCCAGAGAAAAUAGUCCAGUCAACUAUGUCACUCAGUUAUCACUGCUAGAAAAAAACAGCCCCAAAAGGAAAACAUCUGUGUACCAGAAUGGUGUAACUUCUGUUUGAGGUUUUCUAGCAGGAUGAGUUGCUGUGACACUGUAAUACCUGAAAGAUUGCAAGCUUGAAUCCUUUAUGGCUUUCCAUAGUGUCAAGAGCCUUCUGUGAAUUUCUUGUCCUGAAAGUGAGCUGUUUUUCUCACCUGGUAUAGACUGGUAUCACAACACUGGUUCUUUCUCUCCUUAAGCAUAUAAAAUCAACUGGUUUUGUUGGGAAAAGCUAGACCUUAAGUUGAAGUCAACACGUUAGCACUCAGUAAAAAGGAACUACAUUAACUCCUCCCAGGCCCAGCAUGUUUGUCACGUCUUUGUUAGUGUUUCCUGAAAUUUUCAGGUUUUAGAGCACUAUUCCUAAUCUUGAUUUGAAACAGUUAUAUGGUGACAAAGGUUUGUCAUAAUGAUUAAUGAUGUUUUCCUAGUUGUUUUGAGACAACUUAAUGGGAAUUACACACAGAAACAUUCUAAACACCUACCCAUGGAGCAGCAACCUCUUUUAAAAGGAAUCUCAAGAUGUCUCCAGAGUGACACAGAAAAAGAGUAAGUUACAUUAUCUGCUUGUGGUUUUUAAUUCCAUGCCUGUUGAACAGGGAGAUUAAAUUAGGCCAGAGGACCCCAAGCCCUUUCUUCUCCAUGGCAAAACAUGGAGUGGCUGAACAUUAGGUAGAUUAUGUGCAUUAUGAAGGAAGAAAUUAUAGCACAACGAAGUAUGCCAGCUGGGCUGCCUUGAGCUCAGAAUAAUUUACAGACCUAGUCUUACUGCUCAGAUGCUGAUCCCUGUGUAGGUGAAAUGAACCUUCUGCCACCAUAACCUGGAAGACUGGCUGGAUCCAUCAAUGAAAUGCACAAUUAAGCUGCAUUUUUUUGUGCUUUUUUGAAGACCUCCCUUUGAGGACUAAUCAGCUGUGAUUAUUGUGAUUAUCUCAGUCCUGCCCAUCAUUUCUCAAC